AUGGCGGGCAGGCAGAUGACGGCCAAAAAGGUACCCUUAUUGGCUCAAGGAGUUGGCUGCUGUUAUGGAUUUGCGAUGAAUAAACGGUCAGGAAAAUGUGAAAAGUGUGCCAUUGGCUACCAUGGCGAUAAUUGUUCACUGAAAUGCAGGCCUCCCACAUUUGGCGAAGGCUGCCAGGCACUAUGCGACUGUCCAAAAACGGAUUGUCACUUUGUACAUGGAUGUUCUAAUCAGCUCGAAACAUCAACCGACGAUCAUAGAUAUAAUUCAUCUAUGGCAGUAUUUACAACUUCAAAAAACAAGAUUGUCAACCCUACUGUUCACCGUGUCUUUACCAAAGAUGCUAGCCACUUCGACGAUACAACACUAUCUAAUAUGCCAACAGAUUUUGACUUGUUAAAAAACAAUGUCGUUAUUGGCUUUAUCGGUGUUUUUGCUAUUUCUUUCACCAUUUUUGUUCUAGCAUAUAUAUUUUUUAAAUGUUUCCGGAAAACAGCACAUGCUAACAGAACAAAGAAGAACGAAACACAAGCUCAAUACAAAUUGGUAAGGAUUGCAACAGAGGAACAUGAAAAGGCAGCAUAUAGGGAUCUAGCUGUUCAAUUAGAUACCGAAUCGUCGUAUCUCUCCCCCGUCUUCAGAGAUACUAACGAUCGUGAUGACACUCAAAGAGUCAGUGAAAACGGAUUAAGGAUUGAAAACUAUCCGAAUUUGAGAACCAAUGAAGAACCUUUCAAUAGAGGUAAUGAAACGAAUAUUUUCCGAGACGAUGAAACAAAACAUGUUUAUCUUGAGAUUACAAAUAGCAUCAUAUAAAUGUUUAAACCGAAUUUGAUUUGA